AUGAGCACAAGUCUUGGAUUACAAUUAGGACUUCUCCUUCUCACAGUGUUUUUAAUUCGCAGAUUCUUUACUUCAGCAACUAGAGCAAUGGCUUCCCCUGAAACAAUCAAAAAGGUUAAAGCUCUUAUCCAAGAGAACAACAUUUUCAUCGCAUCCAAGACAUACUGUCCUUACUGCCAAGCCACCUUGAAGACCAUCUUUGAGGACAAGAAGGUACCAAAGACUAGCGCUUUGGUGUUGCAAUUGAACCAGAUGGAAGACGGCGCCGAAAUUCAAGAGGCAUUAACCGAAAUUACCGGCCAAAGAACUGUCCCUAACAUUUUCAUCUUGGGUGAACACAUCGGUGGUAACAGCGACUUGCAAGCCCUAGAAGCCAGUGGCAAGUUGGAUGCCCUUCUAGAAAAGGCAUUGGCCUAA